AUGGCCCAACCUCCCCCUUUGGUCUCUCGGCCCCCCUCACGACAAUCUACCCGUCUGUCUACCCCUCUCAGAUCACAUACAAACUAUGUUCAAACAGAUACCGACACACGUUGGUCGCUCCGAGUCCAGCCAGCAACCAGAGAGGCCAGUGUUUCAAGCCAGCCGACUUCCAUCACAAAAUCCCGCAAGCGGGUCUCGUCUGCAUCCACCAAGUCCGCAGCUCCUAAGAAAUCUCAGAAGAAGUCUAAAAAAUCAACAAACAACAGGGAAACUACCUCCGAAUCAGAUGAGGACGUUCAAUUCCUCAACCUGCCUCAAGACUCUGAUGAAGAUAACUCAAAAUUGACCAAACAGACAAAAAAGACCCGAGGGCCUAAUAAGAAUGAUUAUGAUGAUAUUGGUCUUUAUUUUGAGGCUCCACAAUACGGGGAGGGAAAUACCGACGGCAAGAAGUUAUACUACCAGUGCAAAUGGUGCAAUCGUCGACCAUAUAAGACAUCCACACGCACUCGCUCUAAUCUGCUCAAGCAUUGUGAUGGUGACGUUUCGAGGAAACCUUGUGAAUUGCGAGACGAAGCAAUCAAAAACGGAGCAAACUUACCGGUGACAAUCAAAGAGAAAAUCGAACAAGAGAAGAACGCUAGUGUAUUGACAAAUCUUGCUGACAGCAACUUUGAUAACCGGACUUUGAAUCAAAUCCUCGUUAUGUGGCUCAUGCGAUUGGCUCUCCCUUGGAUGAGAAUUGAGGAUACUCUGCUGGCGAUUUCAUUCAACUAUGCUCGAAAGGGAAUCAAACUUUACUCACGCACAUGGGCAGCGGAAGAAGCCCAACGUUUGUAUGUCAACCUGCAGGAGAAGGUGAUAUCAAACCUUAAGUCACUCAAAUCCAAAAUCACUCUGAUCCAUGAUGUAUGGACCACCAAAGGGAAUCAUCACGCGUUCCUGGGAAUUGCGGCUGCGUACAUUACAGAAGAUUGGGCAUUUGAGAUAUGUCACCUGGGUCUCAAGUACAUUUCAUGGACGCACAAGGGUAAAUACCUUGCAGUUCCCUCAAACAACCGUACAAUGACUGCCGAGGUGGACCGCAUAAUCACUAAGAAAACCGGAAUCAACCCAGACCUCAGCUCCAACCACAUCCGAUGUGUAUGUCAUAAGAUUGCACUAAUUGUGGCAUCUGGUCUCAAAGCGAUUGAUACCAACACUGCUGGGCUGACUAAGUGUAAGAAAAAGACACUUGGACAUGUCCCCUUCCUUGAUACAAUUCCGGAAAAUCCUCAAGAGACAAACAACAACAAUCAAGGAGCGGCUUUUCUCUCAGGCGAUGAGGACCUUGAUGCACCGGUUUUAGAUCAAUCUGACGAGGACUGUGAAGAUGAAACGGACGAAUUGGCGGGGUCUCCUGGAAAUUCUGAGACAAUGGCUGGAAUACUCAACAAGGUUGAUUUUGUUAUUCAGCGAAUUACCUCCUCUUCUUCUAAACGUUCCGAGUUUGAAUUAUGGCGCACCAAGCUUGAUGAUCCUGGCCCAACUCUCAUUGCCGGCUAUGGCAUCCGAUGGAACAUCAAGUGGCAAAGUCGAGACCGGGCAUACCAGAGUCAAAAUGUGAUCAACAAACUCAUUGAAAACGAGAAAGACCGGCAAGAAAGAGAUGGUGGUAAAAGCUUCUACCAGGAUUGUGAGAUCACCCGAGGUGACUGGGAAAUUGUAAAGCGACUAAAUGAUAUACUUAGUGUCAGUGUUUUUUGA